GGUUCCCAGCUUUACAAAUUAGAUUCCUGCGGCAUUUUCUUUUUCCUUACCUUUCCCGUUUUCAGUUUUCAAACCACAUUACCUCCUCCACCUUCACCUCCGCUUCGUCUUAUUUUCUCAAAAAGCUUCAAAGAGAAAAAAUCAAAUACUAAUAGAAGAAGCACGUCGCGUAUUUCUUCUGAUCCGGAGACCGAUUCAACUCGUCCUCAACCCGGCCUCUAGGGUUUUGUAUGCACUGAUUUCUCAAAUCAGAAAAAUGUCUCGAGUUGAGGAGCGAUGGGAGCAUUUAGUCCGUGCAGUAUUAAGCAGGGAAAGGAUGGGGGCUGAUGCAUAUGGGCGGCAUGCUACUGGCAUUGCUGGAAAUGUCCCAUCUUCACUUGCAAAUAAUAGGGAUAUUGAUGAAAUUUUGAGAGCUGCAGAUGAAAUCCAAGAUGAAGAUCCCAAUAUCUCUAGAAUAUUAUGUGAGCAUGCUUAUUCACUGGCUCAAAAUCUGGAUCCUAAUAGUGAAGGAAGGGGAGUAUUACAGUUCAAGACUGGAUUGAUGUCUGUCAUUAAGCAAAAGCUGGCAAAGAGGGAGGGCGGAACCAUAGAUAGAAGCCAGGACAUUGCUCGCUUACAAGAAUUCUAUAAACUUUACAGACAGAAGAAUAAUGUAGAAAAGCUGCGGGAGGAAGAAAUGAAGCUGAGGGAGUCUGGUGCUUUCAGUGGGAACCUGGGCGAGUUGGAGAAAAAAACAGUGAAGAGGAAAAGAGUUUUUGCAACUCUAAGAGUUUUAGGGACAGUUUUGGGGCAGCUGACUGAGGAAAUUCCUGAAGAGCUGAAACGAGUAAUGGAAUCAGAUGCAGCAAUGACCGAGGACCUGAUUGCCUACAAUAUUAUCCCACUCGAUGCUCCUAGCAUAACAAAUGUUAUUGUAUCUUUGCCUGAGGUUCAAGCAGCAGUGUCAGCAUUAAAGUAUUUCAGGGGCCUACCAAAUUUGCCUACAGAUUUUUCAAUUCCUGCUACAAGAGAUCCUGACAUGUUGGAUUUUCUACAUUAUAUUUUCGGGUUUCAGAAAGAUAAUGUUUCUAACCAGCGGGAACAUAUUGUUCACCUCCUCGCAAAUGAACAAUCUCGGCUUCGUAUUCCUGAAGAAACCGAACCUAAAUUGGAUGAGGCUGCAGUACGAAAUGUAUUUCUCAAGUCCCUUGAAAACUAUAUUAAAUGGUGUGACUACUUAUGCAUUCAGCCAAUUUGGAGCAAUUUGGAGUCAGUUAGCACGGAAAAAAAGUUACUAUAUAUCUCAUUGUACUUUCUGGUCUGGGGUGAAGCAGCCAAUGUUAGAUUCCUUCCGGAAUGCUUGUGCUACAUAUUUCAUCAUAUGGCAAGGGAAAUGGAUGAAAUUCUAAGACAGCAGAUUGCACAGCCAGCAAACAGUUGUAGUUCUGAAAAUGGAGUUUCUUUCCUUGACCAAGUUAUCUAUCCUCUAUAUGAGGUUGUGGCUGCGGAAGCUGCAAACAAUGAUAAUGGACGAGCACCACAUUCUGCCUGGCGCAAUUAUGAUGAUUUUAAUGAGUACUUCUGGUCACUUCAUUGCUUUGAACUUAGCUGGCCCUGGCGCAAAGGUUCAUCUUUUUUUCAAAAGCCAAUCAGAGGGUCAAAGAAUAUACUUAAAUCUGGCAGAAGUCAACAUCGAGGAAAAACUUCAUUUGUAGAGCACAGGACAUUUCUUCAUCUAUAUCACAGUUUCCACCGGUUGUGGAUAUUUCUUGUAAUGAUGUUUCAGGGGUUGACCAUCAUUGCAUUCAAUAAGGGACAACUGAAUGCGAAGUGUAUAAGGGAAGUUCUCAGUCUCGGCCCAACAUUUGUUGUAAUGAAAUUUCUUGAGAGUGUUCUUGACAUUCUCAUGAUGUAUGGUGCAUAUUCUACAACACGAAGCCUAGCAGUUUCUCGAAUUUUUCUCCGAUUUCUUUGGUUUAGCACUGCAUCAGUGGUCAUAUCUUUUCUUUAUGUGAAAGCUCUCCAGGAAGAGAGUAAACAAAAUGGAAACCAAGUUAUUUUCAGAUUGUAUCAGAUCGUUAUAGGCGUAUAUGCUGGUAUCCAGUUCUUCAUUAGUGUUUUUAUGAGGAUCCCAGCCUGCCACAGUCUGACUAAUCAAUGUGAUCGUUGGCCUCUGAUUCGUUUUGUCAAGUGGAUGCGCCAGGAGCGGCAUUAUGUUGGACGUGGCAUGUAUGAGAGGACUACCGAUUUUAUCAAGUAUAUGCUAUUCUGGCUUGUGAUUUUGAGUGGAAAAUUUGCUUUUGCAUAUUUUCUGCAGAUCAAGCCAUUAGUGAAACCAACUCAGACUAUUGUGACAUUGGGUCCUAUACGCUAUUCUUGGCAUGACUUGGUUUCUAAAAACAAUCAUAAUGCUCUGACAGUUGCUAGUUUAUGGGCUCCUGUGAUAUGUAUUUAUCUCUUAGAUCUCCAUGUAUUUUACACGCUUAUAUCUGGUGUGUGGGGAUUCUUGCUUGGAGCAAGAGAUCGACUUGGAGAGAUAAGAUCAUUGGAAGCACUUCAUCAACUUUUUGAGCAGUUUCCUAGAGCUUUUAUGGGCACUCUUCAUGUGCCUCUUCCUAACAGGACUUCCGAUCAGGCUUCGAGUGAGGUCAUGGAGAAGAACAAGGUUGAUGCUGGUCGAUUCUCUCCAUUUUGGAAUGAAAUUAUAAGAAAUCUAAGGGAAGAAGAUUAUAUCACCAACUUAGAAAUGGAGUUGCUUGCUAUGCCUAAGAACUCUGGAAAGCUUCCCAUGGUUCAGUGGCCCCUUUUUCUUCUUUCUAGCAAGAUAUUUGUGGCCAAAGAUAUUGCUGUUGAGAGUAGAGAUUCACAAGAUGAACUCUUGGAGAGAAUUUCAAGAGAUGACUAUAUGAAGUAUGCUGUCCAGGAGUGCUUCCUAACCCUUAAGCUUAUCUUAAGUGAAAUAUUGGAUGGUGAAGGAUCAAUGUGGGUUGAACAAGUGUACAAGGAUAUUCAUGAGAGCAUAGCUAAGAAAAGUAUUCAUGUUGAUUUUCAACUGAAUAAGCUGCCACUUGUGAUAUCAAGAGUUACUGCAUUAAUGGGAAUUCUGAAAGGAGGAGGGACAUCAGAACUGGAGAAAGGUGCAGUUAAGGCUGUUCAAGAUCUUUACGACGUUGUGCAUCAUGAUGUCCUUUCUGUUAACAUGAGGGGAAACUAUGAAACAUGGAAAUUGUUGUCGAACGCAAGGACAGAAGGUCGUUUGUUUGCAAAGUUGAAGUGGCCCAAAGAUCCUGAAUUGAGAGCGCAAGUUAAAAGAUUGCAUUCCCUGUUAACCAUUAAAGAUUCGGCUGCCAAUAUUCCCAAAAAUCUGGAGGCCAGACGCCGGCUUGAGUUCUUCACAAAUUCCCUUUUCAUGGAGAUGCCUGAACCAAAGCCAGUCCGCGAGAUGUUAUCCUUCAGUGUGUUUACUCCGUAUUAUGCUGAGAUUGUGCUUUAUAGUAUGGCUGAACUACAGAAGAAAAAUGAGGAUGGAAUAUCAAUAUUGUUUUACCUUCAAAAAAUUUACCCAGAUGAGUGGAAGAACUUUCUUGCCAGAAUUGGCCGUGAUGAAAAUGCACUUGACUCAGAACUUUUUGACAAUGCCACUGAUAUCCUUGAGCUUCGGUUUUGGGCCUCUUACCGAGGUCAAACAUUGGCCAGAACUGUUCGUGGGAUGAUGUAUUAUAGAAAAGCUCUUAUGCUUCAGACCUAUUUGGAGAGAAUGAAUUCUGCAGAUGUGGAGGCUGCAAUUUCUAGUAAUGACACAGCUGAUACUCGAGCAUUUGAGUUAUCUCCUGAAGCACGUGCACAGGCGGACCUGAAGUUUACAUAUGUAGUUACAUGUCAAAUAUAUGGAAAACAGAAAGAAGGGCAAAAACCUGAGGCUGCGGAUAUAGCAUUGCUGAUGCAAAGAAAUGAGGCUCUUCGGGUUGCUUUUAUUGAUGAAGUUGAGACUUUGAAGGAUGCUAAAGUGCACAAAGAGUUCUACUCAAAACUCGUAAAGGCUGAUAUCAAUGGGAAGGAUAAGGAAAUCUACUCCAUAAAACUGCCUGGAAAUCCGAAACUUGGUGAAGGAAAACCUGAGAAUCAAAACCAUGCAAUUGUAUUUACUCGCGGAAGUGCAAUUCAGACAAUUGAUAUGAAUCAGGAUAACUAUUUUGAGGAAGCUUUGAAGAUGAGAAAUCUACUAGAAGAAUUCCAUUGUGAUCAUGGUAUACGUAAUGCUACAAUUCUUGGUGUCAGGGAACAUGUAUUCACAGGAAGUGUCUCUUCUUUAGCAUCAUUCAUGUCCAAUCAGGAAACAAGCUUUGUAACUCUAGCCCAGCGUGUUCUUGCAAAUCCUUUGAAGGUGCGUAUGCAUUAUGGUCAUCCUGAUGUGUUUGAUAGAGUUUUCCACAUAACACGAGGUGGUAUUAGCAAGGCUUCUCGUGUAAUUAACAUCAGUGAAGAUAUCUUUGCAGGAUUCAACUCAACUUUACGCCAAGGGAAUGUGACUCACCAUGAGUAUAUUCAGGUUGGCAAGGGACGAGAUGUUGGGCUCAAUCAAAUUGCUGUAUUUGAGGGGAAGGUUUCUGGUGGUAAUGGUGAACAAGUUCUAAGUCGAGAUGUAUACAGGCUGGGGCAGCAGUUUGAUUUUUUCCGGAUGCUAUCAUUUUAUUUUACCACCGUUGGCUACUAUUUUUGUACAAUGUUAACAGUGCUGAUGGUAUUUAUUUUUCUCUACGGGAAAGCAUAUUUGGCAUUAUCUGGUGUUGAAGGAGAAUUGCAAGACAGAGCUUUGGUAACAAAGAAUACUGCACUGACUGCCGCUCUUAAUACACAAUUUCUCAUCCAAAUUGGUAUCUUCACUGCUGUCCCAAUGAUUUUAGGCUUCAUCUUGGAACAAGGUUUCCUAAGGGCCAUAGUCAGUUUUCUCACAAUGCAGCUGCAGCUUUGUGCUGUCUUCUUCACAUUCUCCUUGGGUACAAAAACACAUUAUUUUGGCCGAACUAUUCUUCAUGGUGGUGCAAGGUAUCAAGCAACAGGCAGGGGAUUUGUUGUCCGUCAUAUUAAAUUCUCAGAGAACUACAGGCUCUACUCCCGUAGUCAUUUUGUUAAAGGAUUGGAAGUAGUGCUUUUGUUGGUAGUGUAUCUUGCAUAUGGUUAUAAUGAUGGGGGUGCUCUAGAAUACGUUCUUCUCACAGUUACCAGUUGGUUUAUGGCACUUUCUUGGCUAUUUGCUCCCUAUUUGUUCAAUCCAUCUGGGUUUGAAUGGCAGAAGAUUGUGGAGGAUUUUCGAGAUUGGACAAAUUGGCUUCUUUACAGAGGUGGAAUUGGAGUUAAGGGUGAAGAAAGCUGGGAAGCUUGGUGGGAGGAAGAACUGGCACAUAUUCGGACAUUUGGAGGAAGGAUUGCAGAGACAAUUUUGAGUUUGAGAUUCUUUAUCUUCCAGUAUGGCAUUGUCUACAAGCUACAUGUGAAAGGAGAUGAUACAUCAUUGACGGUGUAUGGCGUCUCAUGGGCUGUGCUGGCAGUGCUUAUAGUUCUUUUCAAGGUAUUCACCUUCAGCCAGAAGAUAUCUGUUAACUUUCAGCUUCUGUUGCGCUUCAUUCAAGGUGUCUCCUUCUUGUUGGCGCUUGCUGGUUUAGCAGUUGCAGUUAAACUUUCAGAUUUGUCAGUUGCAGACGUAUUUGCUUCCAUUUUAGCUUUUAUCCCCACUGGGUGGGGAAUUCUUUCUAUUGCUAUAGCUUGGAAACCCUUGAUGAAAAAACUGGGCUUGUGGAAAUCCAUCCGUUCCAUUGCCCUUCUAUAUGAUGCUGGUAUGGGAAUGCUUAUAUUCAUACCCAUUGCGUUGUCAUCAUGGUUCCCAUUUGUAUCGACUUUCCAAACGAGGCUCAUGUUCAACCAGGCCUUCAGCCGAGGGUUGGAGAUCUCUCUUGUCCUUGCUGGAAACAACCCCAAUACUGGAGUAUAGUGACUCAGUUGUCUGUUCCUUUGUGUAUCAUUGUAAGUAUCCCAAUUUUUUCUGGUAAACUGAGGGGGUAGCAUGUAAUUUUUUCAGUUAUUUGGUCCAGCUUAUCCACUAAUCAUGUACUUGGAACUUCCAUUUUUGAGACACUGUAAAUAGUUGCGUAAAUUGAUGAUUGUUUUCUAUCCCCAUUUGGUUUAGUUGCCUUAUAUUCUGAGGAAUGUAUACGCAUUGUUUGUGGCUUCAAGGACUUGGUGGUCAUACCUGAGGACGUCUGAAUUAAAUACUAAAGGGUCCAUGCCUUUAUGAACUUUAUGAUUCCUACUCGUAAAAAUUAUUUUCUGGUC